AUGGUUCAGCCAGCGAUCAGCCAUACCCACCAAGUGGUCGACCUAACCUCAGACGAUGAAGACGAUGACUUAGCGCAAAACGGAAUUGCAGUCCUUGACGCACCUUUUUUCGAAGAGCCUACUGACAGCGAUGACGGGAUGAAUAUCGACCAGCUGCUGCACGGCCAUCAACAUUCUGAGAUCAUCGACUUGACUGCUAUUCCGGACGUCGAUGUUCCGCCUUCCGAUUUAGGGUCCUCUGCCAAUGAAGAUUAUACACCAAAUGAGCGCACCGGUGAGGGCAAACUUAUUGCGGAGUCUGUUUGCCUGCAGUUAGUCUUAGACAUAAUUCCGGAUGUGGCAGCCGACCACGUUCUUACCUUGAUCAAAGCGAGAACGACGGACCAAACGCGUACCGGGACACACAGCGAACAGAUCGUCAACGAGCUUCUAGAGAGUGUCUAUCCGAAGGAAACAGACACGACGAGUAAGAAAAGGAGAAGAGGAGUGGACAGUGACGAUGCCAGCGAUUACGAGAAAAACGAGCGUGACCCUGGGGUCCUCAAUUAUGAUACGGACGCUAUAGAGCUUCUCAAAGACGAGUUCCUCGGCGUACCAGCUCGGCAUAUCACGAAUACGUUCAGGCAAAGAAAGACACUCUACAAGGCCUACAUAACUCUUGAGGAACAAGUUCGCAACUACCAGAAAAUCACACGGGCCUUUGUGAAACCUCCGAGACCACGCAACAAGCGCGGCACUGAACUUGUGCUGAUCGAGCGCGGGAGUCGACUACCCAAAGAGCUACGCGCAGCGAAGAAAAAAACCGAAAACGAAGUGGUCAAACGGCGCAAGAUGGAGGAAGCAGAGCAAGCUGAAGAAGCCAACCUUCAGCGAGCGAAAAUGAACAACCAGAUGGGCGAGUGCCAGUGUUGCUUUACGGAGUACCCUCUCAACCGUAUGGUCAGUUGCAGUGGCAAGGAUACGCAUCUUUUCUGCCUGGGUUGUCCCAAGCAAUACAUUGAGAACGAGAUGGGCCAAUCCAAAUGCCGACCUGUGUGCUUCGCAAGUACAGAAUGCAAAGGCACCUUUUCCCGUCAGCAGUUGAAGCAAGUCUUGAGCGACAGGACGUUCGAACGAUUAGAGCACAUGCAACAACAAGAAGACAUAGCCGCUGCCGGCCUUGACUUCCUGUCCGAAUGUCCGUUCUGCGACUUCAAGAUGGAAUGCCCGCCAGUGGACGAGGACCGAGAAUUUCGUUGUCAGAGCAGAAAAUGCGGCAAAACGAGCUGCCGGCUUUGUCAGAGAGAAACGCACAUUCCUUUCAGCUGCAAUGAGGCCAGCAAAGAUGGAAAGCUCACGUUACGGCACGUUGUUGAAGAAGCCAUGUCGGCAGCUCUGAUCCGAAAGUGCAACAGAUGCAACCAUCCUUUUAUCAAAGACCAUGGCUGCAACAAGAUGAGCUGCACGCAUUGCGGAAACAAACAAUGCUAUAUCUGCUCCAAGAACGUAAACGACUACGAGCACUUUGGUGAUGUGAGCAAAGGUCACUGCGCUCUCCACGACAACGUCGAGGAUGUUCACGAGCGAGAGGUGAAGAAAGCGGCCGACGAAGCUAUGGCCAAGAUCAGGGCUGAGAACGCCAAUCUGUCUGAUGCAGAUCUUAUGAUUCAGGUCUCGGACCGUGUCAAGGAAGCUGAGCUUGCGCGUAGAGAGCGGGCUGCUGGAAGAUUGGACGAGUUUCCUUUUCAAAUGGUCGGGGAUCAGCUGGCACAUCGAUAUGGCUUUAUGGGAGAUGCACCACCACCACGACGAUUAAACGUCCUACCACCUGCCCGGCCUUUCGCGAGAGUCGGCGACGUACUGGGAGCGGGAUACCAUCGCUUUGCGGCUGUCGUUGGCGUGCAGGGCGACGUCCCAGCCCAGGCUGCCCCUUUUGCGGCCCCUGCUCCACCCCAACUUGCGCCUCGAGUGUUCCAACCGUUUCCUGUUGCCGUCAACCCGCUGGCUCGCGUAGAUGCCGGUGUGCAAGCAGCGCUGGAACGAAAUCGGCAGCAGCUACUCUAUGCACACCGAGCGCACAUGGACAAUCGACUUGGCGAUAGACGGGCUGUGCAGGCCCAAAUCCACUUGGUGGAUGGUGCGGCGCGCGAUGCUAGGUGGCAGUUGCAAGGUGUCGUUCAGCAGAACGAGCUUAGAAGGCAGUACAGGAACAGGCAGCAGUUGGUUGGGGCACAGGCACAGGCACAGGCACAGGCACAGGCACAGGCACAGGCACAGAACGUGGCGCGAGGACAGCAUCUGCAAGACCAGGUUAGAUUAGGCGGGCCACCACCGAAUGUUAGGAAUUUUGGGGUGGGUGCAAGGCUGGAGGCUGAGGAUGCAAGAUGGGAUUGGGUGGAUAGGUGGUUCAACGCGCAGCCACGGAACCAUGCAAGGGGAUGA